AUGACUGCCGUCGCGCCUCCCCCGAAUUUCCAGAACAGAUGGAGCGGCUCUAACGGCGUCCCGAACGGCGCGCCCCCAAUGAGCACCGACGACUUCAGGAUGUUCAUGCCCCGCAAAAGCGCCCAACGCUCCAACUCGUCCUCGUCCCUUUCUUCGCAGGCGUCGGCCACCUCCACAAUAUCCACCGUUUCCUCACAGGCAAACGGUGUGGGCCCCGCGCCAGCAGGUGAAGGGUCGACGUGGGCAGCGCGGAAAAAGGCGCCAAGAGGGCUAUGGCCCGCGUCGAAAACAGAGCCCGUCUCCGGCAUAUCCACCGCCCGACCGCAGUCCAUCGCAUCCGCAGGCUCAGGCCCCUCUGCAGCCUCCGCCAUGACCGCCCUACACUCGCCCUCCCCAAUGGUCCCUUCGCAGAUGAAUGGAGCGGCGCAGUCGCAGCAGAAUGGCGCCCCGCGGCCGCAAACACAAGAGGCCCAGGCAAUAUUACACCUCAUACCCAUGAAUGGCACCUUCGAGCGAAAGACCAUCACCGUGCCCUUCUUCCCUGAUGUUCUCCGCAUCGGCCGGCAGACGAACAACAAGACUAUACCCACGCCGCUGAACGGUUACUUCGACUCAAAGGUGCUCUCAAGACAGCACGCAGAAAUAUGGGCCGAUCGGAAUGGAAAGAUAUGGAUUCGCGAUGUCAAGUCGUCGAACGGUACCUUUGUCAACGGCCAACGGCUGUCUCAAGAGAAUCGCGAUUCGGACCCCCAUGAGCUGCGCGAGCAAGAUAUGCUAGAGCUUGGUAUCGAUAUCGUUAGCGAGGACCAGAAAACGAUUGUGCACCACAAGGUUGCCGCACGCGUCGAGCACGCCGGCAUCUACUCCAAUGCGGGCAAUAACAUGAUGGACCUUAACUUCGGCGAGCUGGAAGGGGCCCAAAUGUCAAACCUCGGCGGCCAGCAGCAAUUGGCAAACAUGCGCGGCCGCACGCCGAGCCAGGGUUCGAUGAACGGUCAACGGCUUCAAGGUCCUGGAGGAGCCAUGGGUCAGAACAUGACUGGCAUGCAGCAACCAAGGCACCCUAAUUUCUGGCUACAGCCCAUUACCAUGGAGCAAGUUGUCAAGAGGCUUAACACUGAGAUCAAGGCUGCAAGACAACAAUCUCAGGAUCUCCAGCAGGCGCAUCAUUGCAUCAGCGCCAUCCUCUCCGCGGACCCGAAGAAAGAGCCGACAAAAGCGUCGCCUGUCAACCCAGUGAAGUUCUCGCCCAUCAAGGACAUGCACUUGAAGGCGAGAUUUUCUGACCCGCCGGCACCACCGCCCCAGCAGCCAUUACCUGAGAAGCCCGACGCGCAUUCGUCUCUCAAGAGGUCGGAUACUGUGCAGCCCAAGAGCAACGGCUCACCCGUGCGGUCUGACGCUCAGAUGUCAAACCUGACUGAGGCAUUGCAAAGCGCAAAGAACGAAAUCGAGUCACAGAGCAAACGUCUUCUCGACCUAGAGGCUUUGUUGAACGAGGAACGCCGCGCUAGAGAGGAUGCAGAGGAACGUGCGAACCGCCUUGAGCGCGAGCGAGAGGCACCAGAACCGACAGCGGCUAAUGGGGACAUCCACAAACCUGAACUCGUCCCCGAACCGGAACAGAACGAGAUCACUACGGCGAAUGGUUCCGCCUCACCCACCAUGGCGGACGUCGCCACCACCCGCCUGCAGCAAAGACUCGAAUCGAUGAUGACAGAGAUGAACGAGAUGAAGCUGCAGAUGGAGAGGUAUCGGGAACGUGCCGAGACUGCGGAAGCUGAUCGCAAGAGCCUAGCCGAAAUGAUUGAGAAUAUCCGACAGGACCACGCGAAGAAGGCUAGCAAAGAGGCCAAGCGCCGAAGUCGAAGCGAUAGCGAACUUGCGAGAGAAGCAGGUUCAGUCAAGGUGGAGCGGUCUGAAGAUGAAGAGGAGGCUGAGGAAGGUGAAAUUACAAUCAUCAAUGAGAAAGACGUGGAAGACGGCGCAGGCGCCCUGUUACGUAGGGCGGGUGUUCAGAAUGGGCGGCCCGUCGAGAGCGAGGAUGCGGGAGACUCCGCCAAAACAUCGCAUGCGCUAGCAACGCGGCCAAACCGGAACGAUCUAGCACUACAUGGCGCUCCUGCGGUAUCCAUCAUAACCGUUGUUGCAAUAGGCGUCGCUGUCAUGGCUUGGCUGAACAACUAUCCUAGAGUGGAGCGGUGA